AUGGCGCUACUAACCGGCGGUGGUCCUGAAAGCUCAGCGUUGUCCUCUCUGCACUCUGCAUCAGACGCAAACAACUCUAUGGAGGCGAUGAUGCUCUGUCUUGGGCUAGCAGAAAACGCAUUUUCUCAUGUGGAUAAGACCACGACAGCACUCGUCUUCGAGGAUUUCAUCGCGUGGGCACGUCGCAACCGUGAAUUCAUGCUUCAAGUCGAGCGCUUCCGUCUUAUUGCUGAAAAGGCUGUGGGGUUCGAGGACGCUCUCUCACUGCCUGAUGGUAGUGAUGAUGACUCAGAUCUGGAUGUGGAGGAUUUAGGAAACUCCGAUAAGCGUCGAGAUCAAGCGGAAUUAGAUCUGGGUAUCAGUCGAAAAUGGGCUGAAGUUCCCCCACCGUGGAUGAUUGAGCCUAUCUCUCAACCACUACAGAAUACUGCGUCAGUCUGCAAGAAGAACGGUAUGCCUCCACCUGCGAACUUACAGUUAGAGUGGGUUUACGGAACCAGUGGAUCAUCAGCUCGAAACGCGUGUCGCCUGCUAGCUACGGGUGAAGCGGUUUAUUUCGUGGGGAGCUACGUUGUGUUAUACUCCUCCCAGCGUCACGAGCAGCGAUAUUAUCGUGGCCACAGACGUGCAAUUGGAUGUCUGGAUGUGAAUGCCAGUGGGGAGAUCGUGGCAACCGGCGAUGCCUGUUCGGAUAGCACCACAAGCACCAAAGCUGGAGCUGAAAUUCAUGUUUGGAACGCGAGAACGCUACAAUGUCUAGCUGUACUGCGCAACUUUCAUCCUGCUGGAGUCGCACACGUUAGCUUUCCUGCUGCUGCGUCGGCAGCUACAGCCACACUCCGACAAACCCAGGCGUUGUCGAUUGGCGACCGUAGCGGAGCCGGUGGGAAUUCAUCAGCAGUGUUGAGUAGUAACUUGAUGAAGAAGAAACCACACGAGACGGAGGCUCUAAUUGCAUCAAUUGGUAGCGACGAUGGUGCGUCCAUGGCCUUGUGGAACUGGCAGAAAGAAGCCGUGGUGGUGUCAGGUCGAGCGCAUCCAGCAGCAAGUGGAAGAAGGGCGAGAUCGAGUAAACGGCCACUGGCUCUCGCACUCAACGAAGACGGCGACGAAAUUGUCGUUGUCGGUGCCCACUUUGUGGUGUUUCAUCACGUUGGCGGUCGAUUCUUCAAGCACAAGAAACCACAUUGGCAUGGAACUGUAGACCCACCUUUGCAAACGGUGCCAGUGUGUCUGAGUGCGGUUUACUACGGGAUACAGACUGCAGUUAUUGGAACUGCUCGAGGUGAGCUGUUACUAUUUGAACGUCACACACUUACGCGUUGUAUCCAGGCGCAUGACGUUCAAACCAGCGUCAAUGUUUGUAUGUUAUCGUGUCAGUCGAUGGUGCUCUUCUCGGCUGGCAAGGACGGCCAGAUCAAGCAAUGGGACUCCACUCUGCGUCCAAUCGGCCAGUCACUAGAUCUCCACGCUCUACUUCCGGUUCCCGAGGUCACUCCGUCAUCGUCUACUGUCAUCAGACCGGAAAGCAUUCUCGAAGGCGACGAUUUCCGUAUCUGCUCGCUGGAUUACGAUGCCCAAAGGAAACGAUUUCUAGUAGCUACUCGAGCAGGGAACAUCUUUGAGAUCGAUGAUGAAGUAUCAACUUCGACUGACAGUUUUCGCUGGAAUAUUGUGGCGUCGGGACAUACUGGACAACCCACGCGUAGUAUCGCGACCGCGAGUACCGUUGGUGGUUGCUUUGCUUCGUGCGGUGUUGGCAACAAGUUUGUCAAGAUCUGGAGUCUGCGUCGUCGCGCAUUUGUACAGCACCUACGUUUCACCGGGUCCUCAGCAGCUCCAAGUUGUCUGGAGUUCAGUAGUGAUGGAGAGCGCCUCGCUGUCGGUAGCGAGGACGGAACAGUGAUGCUGGCGCGACGAACCGGUACUGCGUCGAGUAGUGUCAUGGCGAUUGAGACGACGAUGAAGAACACAAGCUCAGCUGUGGUUGCGAUGCGGUUUGGGCCUCUGAAGACUGAGCCUUUGCUUGCGGUGGCACGCGACAACGGUCUCAUUUAUCUCUACAAACUCGAACCUGGUCGACGCCUCUCUCGUUGCAUGCUUCUGAAGCCUCAAGCAGAGGUCACUGGUGGUAACUCGUCAGAGGCAACAUACGCCCAUGCGCUAGACUUUAGUGUCGAUGGAGCCUUCCUUCGGACUCAGCACGGUUCGAUGCUAUACUUCUGGGACCUUCGCCAGCAUGCAGGUACGCGCGUGGCGUCGGUGACUACUCUUCGCAACGUCCAAUGGCACACACAUAACACUUCUAUCGGAUGGGAGGUCGGUGGGUUACUGUUGAACUCCCAAGACAACGACCGUGUGGUGGCGAAUAGUACACGAGGGCUCACACUCGUUUUAAACGGAGAUGGAGAUGUCGACCUGGCCCCGUUCCCGUGUCCCCCUUCAACAGUGAAAGACUCUGACAAUUGCUGGUUAUCAAGAAGAAUGCCACAAGCUCAUCUAACAAAACAAGUGUCCUUGUUUGGUUCACCUUCGGGUCAUCCGCCAGUAUCCGGUGACUUUGCGCUUCGAGGAAGCCUAGUCAUCACAAGCAGUCAAUAUGACCCAGCAAUCUGUCAGUGGCGAGUGGAAAAGGAGCUUGCGGACGUCCAACCUCGACCUGCAUGCCAGUACGAUCAAGCGCUUCGUAACAGACUGCAAGUGCUGGGAUUGAAAGAUGUCUACUUCGACAAUGGUACGCUAGAUGAGAGCUACGAAGGGAGAGUUCUACCGCGAAAGUCCGGUGGAGAUGUUUCGCAUGCGGUGGUUGCACGUGGAGCUGAAAGGCAGACACAACGCUUUGAAGCUCCUGAUCUAGCGUUGACAUUAUCCUACGUGCAUGGCUUCAACCACCGUUAUCUCUACAAACUCGAACCUGGUCGACGCCUCUCUCGUUGCAUGCUUCUGAAGCCUCAAGCAGAGGUCACUGGUGGUAACUCGUCAGAGGCAACAUACGCCCAUGCGCUAGACUUUAGUGUCGAUGGAGCCUUCCUUCGGACUCAGCACGGUUCGAUGCUAUACUUCUGGGACCUUCGCCAGCAUGCAGGUACGCGCGUGGCGUCGGUGACUACUCUUCGCAACGUCCAAUGGCACACACAUAACACUUCUAUCGGAUGGGAGGUCGGUGGGUUACUGUUGAACUCCCAAGACAACGACCGUGUGGUGGCGAAUAGUACACGAGGGCUCACACUCGUUUUAAACGGAGAUGGAGAUGUCGACCUGGCCCCGUUCCCGUGUCCCCCUUCAACAGUGAAAGACUCUGACAAUUGCUGGUUAUCAAGAAGAAUGCCACAAGCUCAUCUAACAAAACAAGUGUCCUUGUUUGGUUCACCUUCGGGUCAUCCGCCAGUAUCCGGUGACUUUGCGCUUCGAGGAAGCCUAGUCAUCACAAGCAGUCAAUAUGACCCAGCAAUCUGUCAGUGGCGAGUGGAAAAGGAGCUUGCGGACGUCCAACCUCGACCUGCAUGCCAGUACGAUCAAGCGCUUCGUAACAGACUGCAAGUGCUGGGAUUGAAAGAUGUCUACUUCGACAAUGGUACGCUAGAUGAGAGCUACGAAGGGAGAGUUCUACCGCGAAAGUCCGGUGGAGAUGUUUCGCAUGCGGUGGUUGCACGUGGAGCUGAAAGGCAGACACAACGCUUUGAAGCUCCUGAUCUAGCGUUGACAUUAUCCUACGUGCAUGGCUUCAACCACCGAAGCAUGAGUGUGAACCAGUCGCUUGCGUGUCUUGGGAACGGGUCGUACAUGUAUGGUGCUGGUCCACUGCUAACUGUACGUCACCUUCAUUCACUUGGCACUCGACAGCGUAUUGUACCGUCAGGACUUCAGCACUCUGUGUCGUGUAUCGUCAAGCAUCCUUCAGAGCCGAUUCUAGCUGUCGGGAGUCGUAGAGAUGACCGUGUUGUGCUGCUACGAACAGAGAAGACAUCUGCGACUGGAUCAACUACUGGAGAUUCGUUCCAGCAAGUCGCAACACUCAAGGCCAGCGUGAUUCCCACCAGCGACAAGAAAACGCUAAUCGCCGUGGAUUUCUGCGACUCUAACGACAGCAAUACGCGGAAUGUCCAAAGCGAUUUAGCUGCUGUGAUCUGGAAAUGUACUCGAAGUCACGUACACACAGUAGUGUUUUACGCAUGGAAGCGUCAGCUGUUGUUAUCUCACACGACAAUGACGCGGUUGCCUGUUCUUUUUGGUAAGUUUGUGGGAGCUUCGGACACAGGAGUGACGUUUGUUAGUGGCGGUGUGGAUCACCUCACGUUUUGGGACUUGAAUCCUGCUACUGGACAUGUGAUCGCUCAACAAGGAGUAUUCGGACGUCAUGCUCUAGUACAAACCAUGAUGUGUGUUGUCCACGUAGCUCCGUUUGUAGUGACGGGAGGUGCAGAUGGUUCUGUCGUAUUAUGGGAGAGCAGUGUUGCAGCUCACACCAUUCAGCCGUCAAGUAGCUCAAGGCAUAGUUCGAGUGGGGACGGAGUGGUAGCAUUAGAGCAUCUACAAGCUUCACAAGUUGUGCUCGGCGCCCUACGCAACGGAUCACUUGUGGUUUGGAAAUAUACAACUGCACGUAGCCCUACACGAACCAGAGUAUCUGGAGGUCGAAUUCAAGCCAGCGCGUUCUUGCAGCUCAUGAGAGUUAUUACCGUGUACGACGCUACCAAGCCUAGAACAACUAGCACACUAUCCCCAUUAUAUAGCUCGAGUACUGCAAGAAAAUCCUCGAGUGACGACACGUACGUGCAAGGAAUGCGUCUACUGGAUGAUGCAGCUCUGGCCGCCGUCGUCCUGAGUACAGGUGAAGUGCUAUCGGUCGAUCUGGAGCCAAUUAUUGAAGAAUCAACGGUGAUGAACCAAGCCAUCGCUGCAUCAAAUGAAGUUAGUGAGAAAACGAAAGUUCUGAUAAAUUUCAGUAGCGAGAUCAACGAUAUCGCUCUACACCCUCGAGAUCUCCGGUGGGCAUCUGCUAGUUCCGAUGGAUACGUGCACGUUUGGAAUCUUCACACGAAUUUGCUGUCACAACAGCAGCUUAUGCCUAGUUCACCGCGUUCACUAGCGUGGAGUUCAACCGGUGAACACCUCGCAGUGUCUCUCGCUGAUGGUACAGUUGCCAUUCUAAAUGGAACGACAUUGGAACCAUUACUUCAGUUCUCUUGUGGAGACGCCGAGACUGUGUCAAAUGCACAGAACAGACCAACUAUCCCAAAAUGGUGUACAGUGGUGAAAUACUCUCCUAUACUAAGCCAAACCGGGUCGAAUUCAACCCGUAGCUGGCUGGCGCUAGCUUGUAGAGACUACAAUAUCUACGUCUACUCGGUCGAGAACACAGGAGCGGAUGUGUCGCCUGUAUAUUCGCUUCGACACACAUUUGUUGGCCACACAGCACCAAUUGAGGCUUUGGACUUCUCUCUCGAUGGCGAGUUUCUCCAAUCUGCUACCUCAAGCAACGACAGACAACUGCUCCGCUGGGCUCUGCAGAAGGAGCCUGUAAACAGUGAUCCAGCUAAAGACACAGCGUCUGGGUGGGCUCUUUCACUAGCGUGGAGUUCAACCGGUGAACACCUCGCAGUGUCUCUCGCUGAUGGUACAGUUGCCAUUCUAAAUGGAACGACAUUGGAACCAUUACUUCAGUUCUCUUGUGGAGACGCCGAGACUGUGUCAAAUGCACAGAACAGACCAACUAUCCCAAAAUGGUGUACAGUGGUGAAAUACUCUCCUAUACUAAGCCAAACCGGGUCGAAUUCAACCCGUAGCUGGCUGGCGCUAGCUUGUAGAGACUACAAUAUCUACGUCUACUCGGUCGAGAACACAGGAGCGGAUGUGUCGCCUGUAUAUUCGCUUCGACACACAUUUGUUGGCCACACAGCACCAAUUGAGGCUUUGGACUUCUCUCUCGAUGGCGAGUUUCUCCAAUCUGCUACCUCAAGCAACGACAGACAACUGCUCCGCUGGGCUCUGCAGAAGGAGCCUGUAAACAGUGAUCCAGCUAAAGACACAGCGUCUGGGUGGGCUCUACUUGACGAUACGUGGGCGUCUUGGACUCCAACAUUUUCUGGCCCCGUUGAGGGUCUUGCUGACUGUUGUGGGGUUGGGAUGACGACGUCGUUAGCGCGUAUUAACAGCGGAGUCACAGACUCGGACGGAACAUCAAACAUAAAGAACUGGAGCUCCUCGCUACCCACGAUGGUUGUGGGACUGGAUGACGGCAAUUUGAUGCUCUCCUGGUACUCUCUCACACGCGGCGACGUUACUGUUCCUGUGUUUACUGCUGAAUCCGAGCGCUCGAAUGAUCACGCAGUUGUCACCAAGAAAUACAUGGGAUGUUUUUCACGUGGAUCAGUGAUACGUCGCGUAGGUUUCAGCUUUGCCAACGCGUUUGUCGUGGCUCUAGCUUGGAACUCUAGUGGUAGUACGCAAGUGUCAGUGUGGAAGACCGACUACGAGGACGAGCUGCGUCUACGCCAGCGGUUCGCAUUGAAAUCCACUGUAUCGUUGGAAACUGACCCGACCUGGUACGUUAGUCCCGUCGAUAGGUCACUUUUCGAGGAAUGUAUUCGAGUUCAACGCACCAAGGCACCAAUCUCCAAGGUCAUUCAGAGUACUGACGCCGUCGACGAGAGCGACGACAAAUGGCUGGAAGACUCGCUUGAUAGUCGCGCCAACGAUGAACAAGCCUAUCUGGAAUUCAUCUACGGCCUUAACCCGGGAGCGACGGGUAGUAGAAACGUGUUCUACGCUGACGACGCGUGGGAGAUCGUGUAUGCUGCUGGAUCGUGCGGUGUCGUGUACAACACGAAGACACAAACGCAGCUACUCAACUACAACACGGAGGCUGGACGGCAGAGCGUCGUAUCAGCAUUGGCUGUUCACCCUAAGGGCGAUCUAGUUGCCUCCGGUGAAUGUCUGAUACGGGGCUCUGGAGCUCCGGAAAUUGUCAUUUGGGAUGCCAACAGCGGCAGUACAGUCGUCCGAGUGGCUUCCAAACAUCAACCUGGUGUGUUGUUGCUUGAAUUCAGUCCCGAAGGACACCGUCUCGCAUCGAUUGGAAUGGAAUCAGAUCACACUCUAGCGAUCUAUGCCAUUGCUGGAGGUGAGCGUGAAGGGGGUCGUCUUCGAGCGACGUUGUUAGUGACAUGCAAGACGUCAACCAGGAGAGUUUGGGGCUUGAGUUUUGGCGAAGACGGUGAGCUGGCGACUUGUGGAGAUCAACACAUUCUCUUCUGGCAACAGGGCACAGCCAAUUCUGGAAGAAACGGGGAAGAUGAUACGCGCUCGACGGGGCUGAAGAGCGGGUUGCUAACUAGCCACAAAGAAUGUAACCCUCGAGCGACAUUGCUUCAGGCAGCACACAUGUCUGGUCGAGCACGCGUUGUAGUGUCCAGUCAAGCGGACGGAAGUUUGUACGUCUGGAAGGACCGCGUCUGUGUACUUGUUCGUCGUGAUGCACACGGUGACGCUGCUAUUCCAGCUCUCGCAGUGGAUCGUAAGCACUCGCUACUCUAUUCAGCUGGAGCGGAUGCACGCAUCUGUGUCUGGAAUACACAGCUCGAACUGGUUCAAGUAGUGGCGGAUAUUGCUCAGCUUAACACGGGCUCACUCCCUCUGAUAAACACCAGUAUUCAGUCGCUAUCUGUGCGUGACGGACACGUAUUGUUCAGCACUGCAGGAAGCGAAGUCUGUGAACUAGUUGGAGCAGGCUCAACGCAGAAGACACAUGAGAAAGAUUGGAGGCUCCACGUUUACGUUCGAGGCCAUGCGAAUGGUUUGCUCUGCGGUCUUGCAGUUCAUCCGAGUAGACGUGCUCAGUUUGCAUCAGCAGGUGAUGAUGGAGUCGUACGGCUUUGGGAUGCAGCCACACGCUCGUUGUUAGCCUUCCACCAGUGGGACUGCGUCUCGGAGUUCUCGACGGGUGCAAGUGGCAACGAUGAAUUGCGUGCAUUAGCAUUUUCUGCUGAUGGUAAACACCUCGCAGUUGGAACGAUAGUCGGAGUCGUGCGAGUGCUUACCGCUGCUCUUGAUGGCGUCGUGACGCAGUGGAGCUGCUCGCAAGAUCAGCAACAAAGUCACGCUGUUCUGACGCUUCAAUACUCAGUAGACGGGAAAUUCCUGGCUGUGGGGUGUCAAGAUGGCACUGUACAUGUGUACAAUGCAGCCAGUUAUCGGAAGACCACCAUGUUGCGAGGAUCGAUACCAAGCACAGACAUGAUUCGUCUUGACUUCGCUCGAGAUCGACCAGUGCUUCGUGUGCAGUACAACGAAAGUGACAUUCGAUUCUGGGAACUUGGUACGUGGAAAGCGCUGUCUCCAGUUCAAGUGCGAGAUACCCACUGGGAAUCGAAACGUUAUCCGUCUUUGGUGAGCGGCUCGACUCAAAGCGAAGACUUCAACGGUGCAGCGAUGGCAGUCGACGGUCACGCCACACUGGUCACUAGCUGGGCUGUCACCAAGAACGAAAACUUCCUGCUAUCCACGGGCGGCGCCGAUCGCGUUGUGUGUCAAUUCCGCCUGCCACCGCGUUCAGCGACCAGCAUGCAAUAGCUUCUGCCAGCGCUACUUCACAUAAAAUUCAAACUCAGCAGUACUACUAGUAGUAUUUCACAAUCG